AAAACCAACUCUGUCAUUUUCCAUUCGAACAACCAUCAUAUCAGAUGAGAUCAAUGCCACAAAAACCAUGUAUUAUUUAUCAUCAGUAUGGUGGUUCAUUUUAUGGACAUUGCUUGCUUUGGAUGGCCCUGCUGUAGAUUGCCAAUCAAUCAUGUCGUACGGAAUGCGAAGAUUGGCCACUUCGUUGAAUCAAUUUGGUUUGGAUUUGGCUCGUUCCAUGCAUGACAAUACUAACAACAGCAGCAGCAGCAACCAAAACUCAUCGUAUUCGUUUUGCCCAUUCUGCGUGGUCACUUCGUUGGCCAUAUUGAUGGCUGGCCUUGAAGAAAACGCGGCACACACCGUACAACAACAGCAACAAACGGAUGAAAUGUUUCGAGCAUCCGUUGAUCAACAACCAAACCGACUUCAACUCUACGAAUCAUUACGAUAUGGUUUAUAUUUGAAUUCGAUGCAACCACAAGAAAUUCAUCUGGCAUUUUUGGAUCUCAUGCGUCAUCUACAGGUCAAUCUGCCCGGUGGUUUUCGAAUUCAGCCAACUCAGAAUUGGGAACUAGGAGAUCAUCAGUUUGAUCCGGGUGUCAUGGCCAAUGAUAAUGAUGAUGAUGUUAUGUUCACUGUCAACCAAGUGUACGUUCAACGUCACAUUCCUAUGGAUUAUCGAUUUCACCGUUUGGUACAGCGAUAUUAUCAAACACCGAUACGAAGUUUGGAUUUUGUUUAUGCUGCCGAAGAAUCAUGGCAUCAUAUCAAUGCGAAAGUUAAACAUGAAACACAAGGCAGAAUCGAUCGAAUACUUGAUGAUUCGAAGCUAGGGACCUCUGGUGGCAAUGGUCAUCAUCCAUUAUCCUCCACACGUUUGUUGUUCCUUUCCGGGUUACAUUUUCGAGCCCGAUUGGAUUUUCGACAUUUGGUCAAUCCUUUUACCACUCAUCAUAAUGGUGGUCAACGUCGUCGUCGUCGUCGUGGAGCACUGCAACGAUUAUGGCCAUUGCGAUCGCCGUUUUUGCCUACAGCGGCUGCUACUCAUCCACAUCAUCAUCCGAUUUUAUUGCCCGGUCUGGUUCAUUCGAAUCAUCAUCGACCGCCACCGCUGAAUCGACCGCCACCGUUCGGAUUGCUUUUCAAACCAUGGCUGGUCAACAACAACCAAACAUUCACUCCAUAUCAGACACCAUCUAUUACGACGACGACUACGACUGCAACAACAACAACAAUGUCCACAACAACGUCUAGCACAGCAUCGCCUGUCAUUGAUUCUCGAUUAUCCUCGACUACCUCGGCAACACCGAUAAUCGUUUCGAAACCAAAUUCCAGUCAUUUUGAACAUGCAGCAUUCAAUCCAUUCGAACCAUAUCGACCGUUAUUGACACCGAACGACAACAACGAUCAUCGAAUUGCUCACAAGCAAAGAAUCCGCCUCCGAUAUCAACAUAAUGAUUAUCUCAACAGUACCGUUAUUGAAUUACCAUUUGUUGGUGGUACAGUGUCGAUGCUGAUUCUGCUGCCAGACAGUGUCCAGCAGAUGUCGCUAAUGUUAGCACGAUUGAAUGGCCAAUUGAUUAUCGAUCUAUUGCAAACACUGGAAACAAAACGAUUGGACAUCAGUUUACCACUGUUCACCAAUCAUAGUCAUUCUAUUGAUCCUGAUUGCUUUGAUAAACUGCUCACUUCGAUCGGUUUUGGCGAACUAUUUGCGACAACGACCGCCGAUCAUUCACCGAUUACUAAUUCAAUGGAACAGAAUGCAUUCGCCGCAUUAGUGCCGCAGAUGCGCAUCUAUCAUAAAUGUAUGAUCGACAUGGAUGUCAUCGAUGAUCAUCAUGAACUCAACAAUUGGAUUGGCAGAAGUUCGAGAAGCACAUUGCAGGAAUAUCAAAUACAAUCAUCAGUGUUGCAUUUCGUCGACGACCAUAAUGGUGAUGAACGCAAACAAAAAACGCAACCACCACAUCAAGACAUGAAACAUGUGAGUUUGGAGGAGAAAACUUUUCUCUACCUUAUCAUAGACAAUAUUUCUGGCCUGAUAUUGGUGGUGGGCAAACAUGAGGCAACUGUAUCAGCAAAGAAUAUGCAAUAAUCAUUGGCUUGAUUGCUUUAUUAAAUCGUGAU